CGAUAACAUUCGAUGAUGCCAUCGGGUAUCUAAACAUAUAUAAAUGAAAAUAUAACGCAGAGAGCAGUAGUAGUUUUUGUCGAGUACAAUGAAGCCCGCUUUGUUGCUUGUUGCUGCACUGGUAGCAGUGGCGGAGGUCCACGGACAACCAGAAGAGUCGACCACCGCCAACAUCGGGAAUGAGAAUCUAAGCACCGGAAAUAUCACGGCUGAGAAUAUAUUUCUGGGGAGGUCGUCCUACACGGAAGAUGACGGUGAUACCAUUUGUGUCGCAGCAGACAACAAGUUCUACUUGUAUGCUAAUUCGUUGAAGCUGUAUUCUUGCUACAACCAACUACCGAAAGUUUACGUCGUGAAACCAAAGAGUCAAUGCAAACCAUACCUGUCUGAUUGUCCCAGGAACUAGGUGUAUUGCAAAUCAGUUGGCUCAGAUUGAAUCGUUUGCGAGGGAGUGGAGAAUAAAUAGCUGGACUGCUGACUGAAGACAUCUGCUGUCU